AUGAUUUCCCCCUCCCCCUCUUAUCUUUUAAUCAAAGUAACUAAUUUUCUUUUUAAAAAGUAUUCACAUGGAAGCAGCAACAGUUUUAUUCAAUAUUCACCAGGCUCUAGUUCAAUUAUGCGACGUACUUCACAUUCCCCAAGUACUGCUAGACGUUCUGUUUUACGUAAACCUUCACCGCUUUUAUCACCAAAAGAUUCCUCUUCUACUAAUAAAAAAGAAGAAAAUUUAUUAGAAAAAAAUAAACUUUUAUUAGCUAGUACACCAAAUUUAACAAUAAAAAUGGAAAAUGAAGAACAAGAAAAAGUCUGUGUUAAUAAUGAAAAUGAACAAAAACAAAGUAACAACAAAAAUGAAGAUAAAAAUGGACAUAAAAAACAAUUAUCAGAACCGUGUACUUCUACUACUUUAACUGACAAUUAA